UAAAAAUGGUGUUUUUCGCGUGCUCUAAAGUCGUAUUAAGAUACUGUCUCUUAAAACAUUAAAUAUUGAAAGCGUUCAAUAUAAAUUAGUUGUUAAAAUAUAAAGCAGCAGUGUGCAUUUUAAAAGUAAUCAGUAAUUUUAGAAUUGGUAUAACUGAAUUUGCAAAGUUUGAAAGUUAAAUUUAAAAUGCGGCGCAAAAGUGAACGAAGGAAAUCUACGGAAGUAUCUCCUGUACAAGUUACGCAUUCAACACGUCGUUCAACCCGACGACGUACAUCUACUUCGUCAUCGGUAGAACCUGCGCUAGGAUCCAAGGAAAUUCAAACGGAAGAACCACUAAAGGAUAAGGUAAGCUCUAAAGAAAUUGAACGUGAGGUCGAGGAGGAUAACAAAAAAGAUCCACGCGAUUCUAGUUCAGAACCUAGUGAAAAGGAUGACCAAAAUACUGUUGGGAUUAUAUCAAGCAAGAGGGAUUUUUGUAGGGGUGGCAAACGUAAGUUGAUACAAACGAUAGCUGAAGAAAAUGGUAGUCAAGAUGAGGAAAGUCAGGGAUCUGAGCCAGCUAAAAAUAAUGAGAAUAUAGAAAAGGAACUUCAAAUCUAUGAAAUGCCGAGUGAGCAGCAAAAAGAACAAAAUUUAAAAGAAGAAUAUUCGUCUGAUACAAAAACAGCGGCAAUUGCGGAUGACAAUAAAGUACUUGAAGUAACAACAGAACCUUUGUUGAAUACAGAAACUCUAAAAAAGACUAAAGAAGUGAGUAAACCAGAAGAAAAAGAAGAAGGAGAAAUGAAUACAGAUUCAGAAGAUGAAUCUAUAAAACUUUUGAAACAUAAAGAAGAAUUCCAAAAAAUGGAAGAACAAACAUCUGUCCCUAUUUCCAAGCCCCCGAGAAGGCGCAGAUUUGAUGAACGCCCGGAAGAUGUAGAAAAAAAUAAAAAAAUGGAAGAAGAGAGAUUUCAAGAAAUUGAAAAGGCUGGGGAAGUUAGUAACGAUCCAGAAAAUAAAGAACUUGAAAACGAUAGUCACUGUUCAGCCAAUAUAAAUAGUACCAGAAAAAGAAGGUGGUUAACACAAAAAUCGUCGGAAUUAAAACCAAAAGUGCUCGCAAUUACUACGGAUUCAUUAAAGGAAAUAAUUUCCGAAGUGCCGCUUCCAGUUCCUUUAAGCGACGUAAGGUUGGAAUCUUCUCCAGAACCUGAAGAAAUUCCAAUUUUGGAAGAAAAAAUUAAUGUGGAUUAUGAUGAAGAAAUUACAGAAGACAUUAGCAAAACGGACAGAUAUAAAGAAAAAGAAAAAGUGAAAAACCGAGACAAGGAAAUAAAUCUACGAGAAAAAAAGUCGAAAGAAAAUGAAUAUCGCCCAGAAAAGGAAAUACGCAGAGAAAAAAUUUCUGAAGAAAAGCAAGUUUUAUCGAACCGUAAAAUUUCAAUCAUUAAUGAAGAAGAAAAACUUGCAAUGACCCUAGCUCGUCCUCCAAGUCCACCUAAAAAUGCUUCUAGUACCAUACUAUACAUUACGAAUUUAGUAAGGCCGUUUACGGUACUACAACUCAAAGGCUUGCUAGCCCGAACUGGAAAAAUAGUGGAAAAUGGUUUCUGGAUUGACAAAAUUAAAUCUAAGUGUUUUGUUCAAUAUGAAACAGAAGAUGAAGCUGUUGAAACAAGGCAUGCACUCCAUGGAGUUCGUUGGCCACCCUCAAAUCCAAAAUGUUUAAAUGUUGAUUUCGGUAGCAGUGUCGCAAUGCAGAAAGCAAUAGCGUCGACGGCUGAAGAAAUUACAAAAACUAUAAGUGAUCCAUCAAAGGAAAAUAGAUUGAUAAUUGGGGCUGGAUGGGAAAAAGAGCGUUUUGAAAUUGAGGAAAGAAAGAAUAUACAGGUGAGUAGGCCGAUCAGGGAGUGGGAUGUUGGUAAAAAGGACGACUUAGAUCGAGAUGGAAGACGGAAUCGAGAAAGGGAAAGAAGUUUUGAACGUCAAAGAAACGAACGGGAUCGUGAUAGAGAUCGUGAAAGAAAUGAAAGAGAUCGCGAAAGGGACAGAGAUCGUAUUGAUAGAGAAAUGGAGAAAAAUAGAAGGAGAUAUUCUACAGAGCGAGAUCUUCGGGAAAGAAGGCGUAGCGAAAGUUCUUCUCCAGUGCGAAAAUUUAAACGGAAAGAGAAUGAUCCACCUAUUCGGUUACUUGAUGAUUUGUUUAGGAAAACAAAAACAACACCAUGUAUAUAUUGGUUGCCCCUAACACCAGAACAAAUCGCUGAAAAAGAGGAAGUUCGUCGGAAACGUUUAGAAGAGAAAGAAAUUUUAAGAAAGGAGCAAGAAAAAGAAAGGGAACGUCGCGAAAAAGAAAGAGAAAAGGAAAGGGAAAAAGAACGUGAGCGACGUCGCGAAAGAGAUCGGUCAAGUGAACGUGAUCGAAAGAGGUCUAGAAGUCGAGACAGACGCCGUUAUUAAAAUAAAUUUCAAAGAAAAAGGUACCAAGCAGUGGAUGAUGGUUAUCGUAUCAUGAAAUUUUGAUAUAUAAACAGUUUAUUUAAACAUUUUACAAAUUCCAAAAAUCAAUCGCCACAGUUAAAUUCGGUAAUCAUAAAUUAUUCUAAAACUCAAAAAAAAAGUAAAAAUUUCAAAAAGGUUCAGUAACUGGCAAACUUUUAUUGUUGAAACGUUUUUAAAAAUGAAAAAUCAUCACAUUUAGCGUUCAUCUAAAUUGAAAGGAUAGAAAAAUAAAUGGUAAAAUCUGAACUACUAUUGGUCAAACUUUAUCAAAUUGAUUACAUUAAAUUAUAUCCAAAUUUUUUUAGUCAUAAUUUACACUUCGUUAACGAAUGGCUAUUUAUUAUAUAUUAAUUCAAUGAUUAAUUCCAACUUUAAAUUUGUUUGGAACUUUUUAAAUUUUUAGCUCCAUUUUUUUUUAAAUUGUUUCAUUACAAAUUUUUGCAUAAGUUCUAGUUGAGAGCUUUUCUAAGGCUAUUUUUUAAUGAUUUUUUCAAAAUAAAAUUUAUAAUAUAUGCGUAUGCAAUUGCAAUUGCAUUGCAAAAAAAAGUUAAACAAGAGUUUUACGUUCCCUUUUUUUUAUUUCCCUAAAAAGAUUUAAUAACAUACAUGUAUUCGAAUUAUUUAAAUACACAAAGUAUGUUUAAAAGCAUAUAUAUCAUUCAGUUAAUGACUUUAAGCCUUAGCGAACAUGUAGCUCAAUAUUCAAUGUUAUCUCUAAUAAGACACCCCAAUUAUUUCCUUAUCAUGAAUAUAAUUAUAAAUUUAUUGUGUCAGUUUUUUUUUGCAAAGUAUCUAAAUCAUUUUAACCUUUCUUUGUGAGUACAUAGUUAAAAUACUGAUUUAGCAUAGAAAAAUGUAAGCAAUUCAAAACACAUUUACAUUAUUUGAAGAUAGUAUAAGCAUUGACAUUAUUUUAAAAUUUCCACAAAAGUAUCUUAAAUAUCAAUUAAGUAAGGUCCUCAAUCUCCUCGAUAACUAUACAACUUGAACAAUUUUUGUAUAUUUAUAUACAUGUAUAUAUGUAUGUAUAAGUUAUGUAUUAAUAACGAUAAUAUGCAGAUUCAUAAGUAUUAUAUUUAAAUUUAUUUAUACAUAAUCAUAUUGUAUUACACACAAUUCAAAAAAUUUUAAAAUAUUAAAAAUAUCUGGGCAUUGAGUAUAAUUAAUAAUUGUAGGAUAUAUAUAACUCUUAAAUUUCAAGUUAAUUUAAAAUAUUUUGUCAGAAGCGGAAUAAAUUCACACUACGGAGUACGCUGUUAAUAUCAGCAGUUUACGUCUCAUUUUUCUGUCACCUUUUUAAUAGCUCCUGUGUAUUGCUUAAAUGCCUUUCAAAAUUAAAUAUUUUAUGUACCAACGCUUUCAUUGGUUAUCUUCAAAUGUACUAAUCGCAAAACAGAGAAAGUAUGGAAAUUUAUAAAAAGAAAGAUGCCACAAGAUGUUAUAGGAUGAACUGAAUAAAAUAAAUGUUCCAGAAUUGGUUUUAAAAAAAUAAAAAAUGGAAGGAAGUUUGAAAUUUGAAAAUUCUAAAGAUAUGUUAAAUCGCCUGAAAAUUGAAUUGCCUCAAUAAAAACUUAUUAUAAACAUAUAAUUUAUAUGCAUUCAAGAAAAUUUUACUUGUAGCAACAAAUGCAAUUGAAUGCAUUUCAAAGCAAACAAAAGUGUUUCAUCCAGAUGAACAACUCAAAAGAACAAAACUUUAAAAUCAAAAGAAGUACAUAUACAUGUGAAAAAAGUAAUUAAAAACUUAUUUAAGAAGGCAAAAUAUUUUUAUGUAUAAAGUAACUAUCUGAGCAAAAGUGAAAUGAUAAUUAGGCAAACAUAUUCAAAAAAAUGAAGUUUUUAAAAAUAUUCAAAUGUCGCAGCAAGUGGAAUUUAAAAGCUUACGCAAACAUAUUUUUGUUUUAUGGAAAUUGACUGUUAAAGAUGACAUACAUAUAGUUUUCUUAUUCAUCAUUUGUUGUAAACUUCAAAGAUAAAUACCAAUAAAAUUGAAUAAUUACAUUCUUUAUAAAUAAUGAAAUUAUCAUAUGUACAUUUUUCAAGUACUAUUUUAAGUUGUUUUUUUUUAUGUGACUCAAUAUUUAAGACUGACUGCAAGCACUAAGUUGAAUAGUAAAGCCUGUUAUGUACGGUUGUCAAGCUUUAAAUACAAAG